AUGUUGUUGUUCUUGUCAGUGCCGCAGCCGCGACAGCAGCUGGGAGCCCGAGCCCGAGCCGCCUGGGCAGCGCGGCGGCGGCGGCGGAGGCGGGAGAAGGAGGAUCCGGGUGCCGGCGGUCGGCGGCGGGUCUGGAUGGCUCUGUGUGGGCAAGCGGCGGGCGCUUCGUCGCUGCCCAGCGAGCUCAUCGUGCACAUCUUCUCCUUCCUGCCGGCGCCCGACAGGCUGCGGGCCUCGGCCUCCUGCUCGCACUGGCGCGAGUGCCUCUUCUACCCGGCGCUCUGGCCCCAGCUCCGCCUCAGCCUCCGCGUCUCGCCGGCCGAGCGUCCCCGCCUCGACUUCCUUAUGCGCAAGUGCGGCUGGUUCGUGCGGGAGCUGCGCGUCGAGUUCGCCGCGGAGAAUUACCUGAGCAGCAGCGGCGGGGGAGCUGCUGGAGGCGGCGGCGGCGGCGGCGGCGGCGGCGGUGGCGGUGGCGGCGCGGGGAGCGGCCCGGAGACGAGAGCUGGAGGAGAGGAGGCUGAGGCUCUGCAGCUCUCCACCCGCUGGCUGGAUGUGCUGCGCACCUACCUGGAACUAGUGCUGUGCGUCCUGAGCAGCAUCCGGAACAACAGGAACCUCCAGAAGUUUAGUCUUUUUGGAGACAUAAGUAUUCUGCAACAGCAAGGAAGUUUAUCAAAUAUAUACCUCAGCAAGGUGGACCCAGAUGGCAAAAAAAUUAAGCAAAUUCAGCAGCUGUUUGAAGAAAUUUUGGGUAAUAGCAGGCAACUGAAAUGGCUGUCUUGUGGGUUUAUGUUGGAAAUAGUAACCCCCACAUCACUGUCAUCUCUCUCAAACCCUAUUGCCAACACCAUGGAACACCUGAGUUUACUGGAUAACAACAUCACUGGUAACACCACUCUUAUCACCGCAGUUGAAUUGGAGCGCUUUGUGAAUCUGCGCUCACUCGCCUUGGAUUUCUGUGAUUUUACAGCUGACAUGGCAAGAGUCUUGGCUGAUAACAACCAUGUGCCUUUGCAUCGACUGUCUCUCAUAGUACAUAAUAUUUCUCUGAUGAACAAGUCUCUGGACAACAUGCCAGAAGAUGAAAAUUGGAAGGCCCUAACACGAAACAGCACUAGCCUUCGGGUUUAUAUAAUGGCUUUUGAUAUCAAGAGUGAUGACAUGCUUAAGAUUCUUAAACCCAGUAUACCACUAGAGAGGAUUCAUUUUGAUAGCUACAUCACUUGUGUUUCAGGGGCUGUUGUUGACCUCAUAUCCAGGCAGUAUGACAAGUUCCUCACUCAUUUUAUAUUAAUGAAUGAUGUGAUAGAUACAUCUGGUUUUCCAGAUCUUAGUGACAACAGGAAUGAAGAUCCUUUGGUUUUAUUAGCAUGGAGGUGCACAAGGCUCUCCCUUUUGGCAGUUCAUGGUUACACAGUAUGGGCUCACAACCUCAUUGCCAUUGCUCGUCUUCGUGGCUCUGACCUUAAAGUACUUGAAGUCACCGAGGAAAGCAUCGAUUUUGAUCAAGGUGAACUGGCUGAUCAGGAUGUGGAUCCCGUGCAUAACCUUAUUGAGCAGGUAUCGCUAGGCCUGGGCCGACCGUGGCAUGCCGUUAUGGACAUCGAAUCCCUCAGUGUCUUCACUGAACCAAAUCGUCAUUUUUAUAGAGAAAUGCAAAGCUUCAGCGAAGGCGUCUAGCUUUUUUUAUUUACAAUUCCUGUGGUUACAUAUGCAAGUAGGGUCUUAUUAUGUUUUUCAGUAGUGUGAAUUAACCCCUUUGUGCUGUGUUUAAUCAGUAUUAGCUAUAUAAAAUUAUAUAUGUAUAUUCUACUUCUUGAUCAAAGAACGUAGUCGGGUAUUGGUUUAGAAGUUGAAAGUGGCAAUAUGUAGGGCUUUCACGGUUAAUGGACUUGUCUACAAAACCUUAAAGAGAUUCAACCAAGGGUUGUCUGAGGUUGCUGGCUAACUUUAUUUUUCACUGAAUGACUCUGCAUUUUCACUAUGGUUUUUUUUUUUUUCCUAUUGUGAGUCAGACUUCUGUGCUCUGGAGCCAAAUUUUUUUUAUACGCAUAUAUAGUUUAUAUCCAUGGCCUGGUGGGUUUGUAUGCAAUGCAUUGUAGUCAUGCAUUUUGAUAGCAUGUCAUUGAUUUUUUUUUUUUUUUUAAUUUUAAAGGGGAAGAAAAGAUAACUUGAUCAGAAAUAAGUUCCCUUUAGCAGAAAAGCAAAAGCUUUAAUUUGCAUCACACGUAAUAGUUGAUAUUAGCCAUUGCCAUUCUAAUUUUUUGUAAUGUGAAACCUUAAGCUAAACACCCAUUUGUCUUUUUUUUUUAAGCUACUUGCAUAGACAAGAAAACUCAAAUCGUUGGAUUUUUUUUUCCUUUGCUCUUUUUGGUUUGGUUCAAUUUGCUUUUCAUCCAAUUACAUUAUUCGUUUAAGGUAAAAGUUAGCUUUUAGCCCAGAUUUCAAAUAGUAGGUGGAAAAGGAAUAUACAAUCAAAAACUCUUUAAAGGAAAAAUCACAACAGAUAUAAACACAUAUGCUUGCAAACAAACAUUGGCCGUGAAAUCCCUCACAAGUCACUGGAUUUUUCUCUGUCAGCGCCUGUGUCAGCUGCCAAAGAAUAGCUUAAAAACGAAGAAGUGCCCACAUGCUGGCAGGGGUGGGCCGACUCGGCCAGCCAAAUACUGCUAGAUUGUAAUAUAUAAGGUCGAAUUUCGACCUGUGGUACACAGCUGUGCUGUGGCUCAGUCAGCAACCUCAGAACUCUUAACAUGCACCUGUUUCACUGUGAAUAGUGAAUGUAAAGUAAGGCAAGGAAAAACGUAAAGCUUGUUCUAUCAGAGGUAUGAGCUGCUAUGAUGCAUGAAGAACAUUCCAUGAAGUAUGUUUUAAAAUCUUGUUAUAUCUGAGAGGCUUUAAAAGCCGAUUUAACUGUUUCAGGGCAACCGCGGUACAGACGUGGUCUCUGUGAGACUUCCACCUGACCCAAGUUUUAAGUGGUACGAAUGUUGUGCAUUUAAUGUUAAAGGACAGUCUUCAAUAAUAAAGUAAGUGGCCAAUGUGGGUGCCCAGCAGUGCUGAGACCUGGCUGCUCUAUUGUAAGCUUUGGAAAACACAAUUUAUGCAACAGAUGUCCAGAUAUGAUUCUAUUUAUGGAAAAUUUAUAUGUGUUUUGCAAAUAGUUUUACCAUCUUAUAUUAAAAUGACCUUUUGACAGGUGUGCGCUGUUUUGUCUCCAGUGAGCACAUACCAUGCGGAUUUUAUAUGUACAUCAGUAGAGUGAAUCCACUGGCACAGUGUGUGUAUAUGCCAGAUGUGGUGAGAUUUUAUCUGAUAAAUGUGAUCAAAUUAAAAAAUAACUCCUGACAGAAACUGUAAGGAAACCAGCUGAAUGUUUGACCUGAUGACUGAUGUUGUAUGGUUUAUGUUAAAUGUAUAUUCUUUUAAUCAAUGAAUAAAGUAUUAAAAAUUUAUCAUUGUAAAACAUUUUAUUGUAUUAGCAUGAGAACAGUUAGUGUUAAAUUGCAACAAUACUUCAUAAAUUGUGUAUAUUCCUCUUUUAGCUCACAUUGUAUUUUGAUGCAACAAAGCCUAAAUUCUGAAAUUCAUCAUAAGUGGUCUUUCUGUUAGGCUAGUUGUUUUUGUAAUUUUUUUUUUAGAAAAUCAAAACUAGCAAAAUUCAGAGAUGAAUUGCAAAAGAUUAAAACUGCUUAGCAGAAACCCUAGUGUAUUACGCAUUUGAUAUAUGCCUUAUUGAUGCAGUAAAACUUAAAUUGUAGAGUAUAGUAAUCUUGAUUUUUUUAAGACAUUCUUGCACUUAUAGCAUAUUCUGGUUUCAAAAACAAUGUGCUUCAGAGAAAUGUAUAGUAUUCUUAUCAGUGUCCCACUAUUAAAUAGAUUAUAAACACCUAUAUUGCUUCAGUUUGACAUUUUAUGUUCUUGGUUGUUAAAAUAAAGGGAAAAAGGGCAUUUAUGGUAGAACCACUACCUUUUAGAAAAACUGACAAACAUAAGUAGCUGUCAUAAUUGUUAUUAUUUAUUUGUUUUCAGAAAACAUCUAAUCUUAUUUAAUAAAAUGAUGUGGUAGAUAGGUGUGUAUAAAAUGUUGGUCGCAAAUACUAAAAUAGUCACUAGAAAUCAUGAUGAUAAAAAUGUUCUUUAAUAUAUACUCUUUAUCUGUCCUAAACUCUUAACAGUAUAGCCUU